GAAUGAUGACAGCAUACAGGACCAGCAGCACAAACGUAGUCUCCGCGCACAAUAUUGCAUUCUGCCGUAGGUGUAGCUGGUCAUGGGACAUUAACUAAUGCCUAAAUGCGAUUUUUUUUCAGUGGAUCGCCAAACAAGUAACAAAUAAACAAUUUGAUUCCGACAGGGAUGUUUCCUGCCGUGUCAUUCGAGCAUCCUUUUCGCGUGGUUUAUGCUAGCAACUGAUAGAAACUCGCAGAUUCACCUUGUGAUGGACGUAUCACUUCCGACUGUGUAUUGAAAUAUUUUAUCAACAUUGCUUAGUCAACAUGAAGGACAUACUCAACAAACUCAAUAACAUUACAUCGUUGGGCACUGAGGAACUGCGUGGCUGCAAAGAAAAAAAAACUGACACGUGGAUUUACCAUCACUUGUAGGAAAAGAACAGCUGGCACUCCGGUUGAGCUCUCUAAGUUGUGCCUCAAGAUAAGCGUUCUUUUGCCAUGUGAAAUACUGUUCAGUUGUUCAAAGUUGAGCUGUUUGAAGGGAAUGCCACGGAAUCAUCUCAGGAGUAACGUAAGGCUUUCUUUUCCCCUUUCGAAAAUUAACUAGUUAACGUUACAGUUACCUGUGCUAAAUCUGGUCUGUUCGAGUGGGGGUCGCAUCGUAAACAAGAGUAUUUGUCAUUGAAUGGCAAUUCUACAAAAACAUGGAAAGAACUCUAGUCCAGACUUGGCAAGUCUUAAAGAAAACCCUGCCGACAGUUUCGGGACAGCAGGAUGCCAAAAGAAGUGGGCAGAGUCAAGUUCACAUUGGUCGAGGCCAGUAGCCCGGGUAUGGACUGUGGUGCUUCUGUUGGGCACCUGCCUGCUCUACUGUGCCCGCGUGGCCAUGCCAAUAUGUGCGGUCACCAUGGCAGAAAAGUUCAAAUGGAGCAAGAGGGAGUCGGGCAUGGUGCUGGGCAGCUUCUUUUGGGGUUACUGCUUCACUCAGGUCAUCGGGGGCUACAUCAGUGAUAGGGUGGGCGGUGAGAAGGUCCUACUGCUGUCGGCCGCUGCGUGGGGAGCCAUGACGGCCUUCACCCCGAUCCUGGCCCACUUCUGCUCGCAACCCAUCGUCUCCAUGACCCUGGCUCGCUUCCUCAUGGGACUGCUCCAAGGUGUGCACUACCCCUCACUGGCCAGUCUGUGCUCUCAGAAAGUGGUGGAGAGUGAGAGGGGCUUCCUCAUGAGCACCGUGGGCAGUGGCUCCUACCUGGGGACCCUGGUGAUUGGAGGGGCAGGUUCGCUGAUGUUGGAUCUGUAUGGCUGGGAGAGUGUGUUCUACAUCGCCGGCCUACUCUCGGUUCUCUGGGCCUACUGCAUGUGGAAGUAUCUGCUGAAAGGAGAGGGUCCGAUCAUCACUUUGGAGUCCCUGGGUAGUCGAGGCCCCCAGUCCAAACUGUCCCGGAGGAACUGGCUGCGCCUUUUUAAACAGCCUGCAGUCUGUGCUGUCAUUGUCACACACCUCUGCACCGCCAGCACCUUCUUCACACUGUUGUCAUGGCUGCCUACCUACUUUAAGGACACCUUCCCAGAUGCCAAGGGAUGGGUGUUUAAUGUGAUCCCAUGGUUUGUGGCCAUUCCCUCCUCGCUGUUCAGUGGCUGCCUCUCGGAUCACCUCAUUAGCCAAGGUUUUGACACGGCCUCAGUCAGGAAGCUGAUGCAGUUCUUCUCCAUGGGCGUCUCUAGUGUCUUCACAUUGUUCCUGUGCGGCACCACCACAUUCCCCACAGCUGUGGCCUUCGUCUCGGCCACCAUGGGCCUCACCACCUUCAGCCACAGUGGGGUGUCUGUGAACGUUCAGGACCUCGCCCCGUCCUGCGCAGGAGCUCUUUUCGGUGUCAUGAAUACCUGCGGUGCGUUUUCAGGGGUCAUCAUGGUGUAUUUGGCGGGGUAUCUGAUCGAAGCCACAGGCUCCUGGGCAUCAGUCUUCAUGCUCAUCACAGUGAUCAACCUCCUGGGCCUCGCUAUCUUCCUGGCCUUCGCUGAGGCCAGGCGGGUGGACAUCGAUGGUGCCAAGGCCCGUUACCACAACAUCCACAUAUGAGCUGAGGGGCCAGGCAGGCUGCAUUCAGCCUCCUUGUGUUUGAGGGUGUCUUGAGGUCACAGUAGACAACUCUGGGUGUUCAUGGGAACUUUUGAGGGGUUUUUACCCCACAGAGCACUAGAUAAUAACACAAUAGCACUGAAGGGAGGGACCGAUGAGCUGCUGUGGUAACGCUUCACAUAGUGUUUUUUUUUUUUGUUACACACACACAAAACACAAACACACACACAUACCACACUCACACACUCACAUGAUUCAUUGUCAUUUUCAGAAAACAAAGACAAUGCCAAAUGUCAUUCCGUUUAAUCCUAGCUUUGCUAUUUGUUUAUGUUUUGUUUAGAUGGGCUUGUUUGGAAUAAAUAGAGCUCAGUCGCUGGGGAAGAAUGGACCACCAAGUAGUCCCUUCAAAUUCGGCACUCAAUCAGACAUCACACACUCACCAACACACAAAUGCGCAAACACAUGUCUUAUACACAGCUCGUGUGCAAACAAGCUACAUACACUAGUUUCUAGUUACAGUCGCUCCUAGUGAAAGAGGACCCAAUGCAUUUAAGAACUUAAUCUAUAAAGCUUUACCAUCCACACACACCAUCACAUUGAUAUUAAUUUAUUUUACAUUUGAAAGUAAAUAGCAUUUAGAUGUCAACAAAUUCUGUUAAUAAUAAUUAUAUCAUCAACAUAUCUGUGAACUUAAUCACCAUACUUUGAUUUUCUUUUGAAUUAAGACAAAGAGUCUGAGUCAUGUCUGACAUUGUUCUUAUGAAUAAUUUUCUAUCAGAUAGUCAUCAGAAGUGAUUUUAUGGUGAUUACAGUGGCAUGAUAUUCACAAAUACCUCAAUUAUAUCAUUAUUUUGAAAUUAUUUGAAUUACUUUGAAUUGUUUUGUAAUGGUUUAAGCAGAGAAAGUUUUCUCAUGGACAGCAAAGUCUGCACAUUCAUAUUUAUAUUUCCAUGUCAGUCAAAGUUAUGUAAAAAGUGUUUACAAAGUGCACACUGACAAGAGGUUUGUCUUGUUUAGAUUUGAAACUAGGAGGCCUGAUUUCACCCUGGCUGCCUCUGGGUGGUACUCUCUUCUCAACAAAGAAAGCUCACAGUUGUAAUGAGCUUUAACUCUGGCCAGAGUAGACCAAAUGAUCGUUCAGUUGUCAACCAGUUUAUGAAACACACAUUAGCAUUGCUUUUUAUUAGACAUCUGGUCAGUUGCCGGCCAUCUCAGGAGUUGACCUCUGUCAGAGAGUAAUGUCGCCUGUUAACAUGGUGGUCUUUUGGAAGCAGUAGAGUUGGGGAGGGGGUGGGGGAUAUUAAAGCAGUGAGAUAAAGAUAAAGCAGUUUGGUAUUUAGCUUUACACCAAAGCCUGAAGUGGAUGGCUGGCUUUAUUUAAGCGAAUAGGGUUGAGGGAACCGCUUAUGCAAUGCAGUUACUGUGGAUGUGUCCAGAGGUGGAAUGGUCGAGUUAUAGAAAUGCUUGCAGAUCCUCUCUUGAUUUAAAUAAUGGUUUAUCCCAGUUGCAUCUGGGAUUUGGCUUAAUUAACUUUAAGAUGGAGGAUGGUACGUUGUGUUGUUGAGUUGUUAUUGUUAUGACCAAACAAAAUAUAUGUACUCAAGUCCAUGUUUUUGCCAAUGCAUUUCUUUUUAAAUUAAUUUGGGGGGGUCAAUCAAAGCAGUCAAUCAAAUGCUCUCUAGCAUUCUUAAUCACAUGAUGAGAGAUUCCAGGCCAGUAUAUUUAUAUGGUUGAAUGUUCUGUUUUUGACCAAUAGCAAUAUCAUUGUCUUGGUAUCCCUUAAAGCCUCUUGUUCAGUUGUGUAACAUUUUAUGUGUGGGUUAUUUCUUGGGGCACAUACCCAUUGCAACCAGAGCUGUUUUUGCUCUUGAAUGUUUGAAGAAUAUUGUAACGCAAAUACAACAGACCAAAGAGUUGGAAAACAGAGAGGCCGUGGUUACUGAUUCACUUGAUUACUAGUUACAUGUUGUAGCUUUUGUCAAACUCGUGCUGAGACAAACCUUAGUCUCUGUAAACACAUCCCAGUGUAAAAGUGAAAAGUGGGGGAAACAGAGAUGGUCUAAAAUCUGGCACAGGAGUCUCUCCAACCAGAACUAUAACCUCUUUGAACUAAAAUCCUAGUUCCAUGUCUUGCUAAAUAAGAUUUUAUCAAAGGUUAUGGGGAGCAGUGUUCCAUAUAAAAGCAUGCCACUGCCACCAUUUUGUGAAGGCAAUGCCGGCUUUGGCAUUUUAAAUGAAUGGGUAAGAGUUACAGAGCCUUAAAAGGACACUGGAUUGCACCUCAUCAAAUAACUCAGACACAGAUUUCCAUUUUUUUACAUACAUUUCUCGCAUUCCAUCUCACUUUGAAAUGCUCUAUUAUAUUUCUGCAGGUGUUGAUAUUUUGAUUUCAUGUCAGACAAUUGGUCAUGUGCACUUUUGUUACUCUAAAGGUCAGCUAAAGUAUAGGUCAUUUAGUUUUACCAUAGUAUUGAGGAGCUUUAUGCAUUACAGCUGAGGAGAGAAUGAGGCAAUAGAAAACUCCUUCAGAAGUCAAAAUAGAAGGGUGUGUACACAGUAAAUGCCUAUACUCACUGAUGCACACUCACACACACACACAUGGUAGGCCGUGCUGUCUUUAUAGAAUUCUAUAUAGAUUACAUGUAAAUUUCUAUGUUCAUCUAUGAAUAGUGCUGAAAUAUAGGGUGCUAUUUGAAGUGUUAUAGACUUAAUAACCACCUGUGCUGUUCUACGCAUAAACCUACUGACCGAUGGCAAUUAGAAAUACUGUUGACCAAUACUUUGUAUAAUCAUUUUCACAUCUACAGAACUGCAGUUUUGAGACCAUUUGGAUAUUCCUGUUUCGCCAUAUGGGAUUUUUGUGUUUCUUUUUUACCUGUCCUUACCUAUUUGUUUUUGCUUAUUAUUUUAUUUGAUUUGAUUUAUAAACAUUCCAUAUUAUGUGGAUACUUGUGAAAUCGUAUGCCCAGUCUGAAGGUCUUCGACAUGCACUGUACCACAAUUUAACGCAUGGCCAUUUUGCAGAGCCAAGUUAUGUUUAGCUAUGUAAAGACAAAGUGCUUCUUUUUUGUUGUACAAAUAUUGUGAAUGUUAAGCAGAGUUAUGAAAAAGAUGUACAUAAAAAUAAAUGCAGUAUUUCAUUGCUUUGGAGGGAGAAAUAUGUAUUUGUAUACAUAUUUUGAAUUUUCAAUAAAUAAUAUCUAUAUUUUA